CAGGAACGUAGGUGCAGCAGCAGGCAGGUAUGGCGGCAAUCAGGAUGCAGACUGGUACUGGACACAGGAGCGUGGAUGCGACAGCAGGCAGGUAUGGCGGUGACCAGGAUGCAGGCCAGGUGCAGGACUGUGGGUGCAGCAGCAGGUAAGUAUGGCAGCAAUCAGGAUACAAGCCAGAUGCAACAGAGUCAGACAAGCUGGGUCAGGAUCAAACGAGCAAAUCAAGUACAAGGGAGCAGGCAAGCGGAUAGUCAGGGGCAGCCGGGGUCAGUGCAGGCGGAGUUCUCUUUUAGUCAGGAUCAGAUCAGAUACAGGCAACAGAAUCAGGUUAUGGAGUGCAGGAUG